GGUCCAAUGAUGGCGGUGAACCUCUGAAAUGGUCCGAUAAUCUGUCGACCCUUGUACGAUUUAAAAUUCUCGAUCUCAAUCAAUUUCAGGAAACCCAUGACGGGGACGCUCGCGUAGAUGUAUAGGGCAGACAUUUUGUCAGAUCCCAAGGAGAUGACAGCCACUGAAGCUAGAAGAAAUCGAGAAAGAAAUAGACAAAGCCGAUUCUUCAGUGUGUGGAAGAGAGCCAUGGGGGUGGAUGUUGAAGCCCUCAACUGUCAGGUGGAAGAGCGAAAGCAUCAAGAGGCAAUGGAACCAAGAAAGGAUAUGGUUUAUGGUGCCAAGAAUGUGCGCUAUGACCCGGUAGCACCGAUGGUAGAGAAGAAAGAGGCAGACCAGACAUAUCAGUUUCCCAAGAGAGCACAGGAUUUGCUGCAGCAGCAGCAGCACAGAUUGUUCAAUAAUCAACCUGAAUCCAACCUUUGGAAUCCAGGAAAAUUCCAGGAGUUUCCAACCCCUCUCAGUAACAGUGGUCUAUGCAAUGGCCCAUCCAGAAGGCAAUGCUUCCUUGGGAAGGACCAGAACAGGGCCUCACACAUGACAGUGCAAAAGGAGCACUUACCGUCUAACCUGGAGAAGCAGCUACAGGAGCAAAAGGAAAUCAUAGAAGAAGAGAUACGUGCAGAUUUGCUCAGUGAACAGCUACGCCUAGCCGCAGACACACGGGCCGCUGAGCUGGCCAGAUUGGAGGAGUCUUGUCGUGCAGCCCUGAGAACUGCCAUGGCCAAUGCCAACAGAGCCCAGGCAGCUAAGCAGGCUCAGAACAAGCAUCGUCAACGUCAGCACCGAGACAAUGUCAACCUCACGGAGAUCAAGAAAAAACUCACCAGGGAGCUAGUGACUGAAAAUUCCCAGGCUGCCCAACACCCCCAAGCUUCCAACCGGGUCCUGCCCUAUUGCUGGAAAGGGAUGACUUCAGAGCAGCGAGCAGCCAUCAGGAAAACCCAGGAAGCACAACGCCAAGAAAAGAAGGAACAGCACCAAGCUGAAAAAGAAUUGGAUGCUGAGUGGGAAAACCAAACCGUAAAAUUAGCUGAAGCAGCCCUGGAGCUAGAAGCACAGGAGAGGGAAUUGGGUGCAGAAUUUCGAAGGGGGCUAGGCUCCUUCAAACAGGAGCUGGCUAAGGAGCAACAGGCCCAGCACAACUAUCUGAAUUCGAUCAUCUACACCAAUCAAUCUAUAGCCCCCUACUACCGACAAUUCAACACCACCAGCCGCUGAGCUCAGGAUAGACAUCUCUCCCUUCUAUGAAGCUCACAGAUAGCUAGGAGUCAAAGAGAAGAAUGCUGUCUACCUCCACCUCUAAUCAAUCCCCAGUGGGAGAGAGCUAAGCCAAUACUCCUACUUU